AUGCUCCUAGCAGCGUACGCCCUGGUUUGCGAAGAAAAUGAACUACUGACCGACUGCGGAGCACGAUGUGAGGCGACGUGUAUUGAACCGACUCCAGAAUGCGAAGGCGACUGCAUUGCAAAUGUGUGCCGUUGCAAACAGGGAUUCAUCCGGCGGGAACUCGGCGGACCAUGCAUAGCAGGAUCGUCUUGUCCUCCUGGUCGAAAGCAAGUUCCGCCAUCUUGUGAUGGAGUCGUGUGCCACGAAGGCGCGCACUGUGAAGUUGUAGAUUUACCUUGCACGAAUGGUACCUGUCCUCAGCAAGCCAUCUGUGUCGAUGACUAG